ACUUUUUAAUCUAGCUAGCCUACGUGUGUACUUCUGUGCUGGCAGCGCCCAUGUAGCUUACUGUGGACAUCUCAUUUCGUUCUGUUUAUUCUGAGUUCCUGAGCAUUUAGCUGACACGAGGCGCUUAAUUCCGUGAGUCAGACCCUGGCAGUAUUUUUGCCUGAUGUUGUAACUAAUUAAAUGUUUUGUGUGUGUGUGGCUGGCUAGCUUCUCAGUGCUAGUUGAUGGUAACAGAAGAUUAACGUCUGACAGAUCUGACUUGAAGAAGUGUCUUCGGCGACCAGUUCUAACGGUGGCAUGAAUCAAAUGGAGAUGUCCAGGAGAAGUACCAGGUCGGGGAACAAGGAUCUGCCUGACGACGAUGCAGCCAGCACCAGCUCCACUGGCUCCACGGGCCAGGUGUCCUACAGAGAGACUCCAGUCAGGAUCUUCAAAAGGAAGACGGGGGGCCGUAAACCGGCGAGCUCCUCGCGAACCUCCAGCCGUGACAGCAGCGUGUCCAGCGAGACGGUCAACCAGAACAGUGACCCCAUCCCAACAGACAGAUAUCCUAGCGUGUCCAACUCGGUGCGUAGUCCGGCGGCGGUGCUGCGUGCGCCCAUAGGGAGGUCCAGCACCACCACCACCAUCAGCAGCAGCAGCCGUUUCCAGCAGGAGGCUCCGGGCUUCUCGUCUGGGUACUCGUCCUCUGAGGAGGCCUACUACAGGCCCAGCCCCACCCCCAGCGCCACCCCCAGCGCCAGCGUCAGUGCCAGCGCCGCCUCCAGUUCCCUGCAGUCUCCAGCAGAACCAGAGUUUAGCUUGAAAGAUGCUCUGAGAUCUCCUGGUGAGCCCUCCAAACUCUCUGUCUGUUUCUCCCUCCUGUCAUCUCUAGCUCAGUCCCUGGUGAUGGUGUACUGGUGGCUGGGCUCCUCCUGGUACAGUCUCACCUCAGGAAUCUCCCUCCUGGAUGUGUUCCUACUCAGCAGACGCACUGCAGGUGUGAGGAAGGCCAUUCUGCUCGUCCUCCUCUUCCUCCUUCUGAUAUUUGGCAUCUGGUACUGGUAUCCCCACCUCUCACGCAGUCUGUCUCGGAUGUCUGUGAAGAGUAAGCCCAGCCCAGCUCCGCCCGCCCCCGUCCAGCACAGAGUCAAUGAUGGCAUCCCUCCCGCCAGUCUGUCCUUACUGAAGGAGGAGAUCUAUAGGCAACUGCGUGAGCAAGAGGCCCGGUGGUCAGAAACGGCGUCCCAAAACCUGCAGAGUGUUAAGAGAGAGAUCGACCUUCUCAAACAAGAUGAACAGAAGCAGAAGCAAGCAACUGAGGUGCUGCAGACUGCUAUUAAGAAUCUUCAAAAUGAAAAAGUGCAAAUUACCAGUGUUCACGCGGAGCAGCAGGGCUCCCUGGGCCAGGAGCUCGAGGGGGUCCACCAGCAGAUCACGCAGCUGAGAACCGAAGUGUCCGACCUGCGCGCAGCCUCAGAUUCACUCCAGAGCAGGAUCACAUCCCAGGAAGCUGCUCAAGCCAAAGCUGCCGCUCAGCUGAGGGAGGACUUGGCCAACUGGCUCGUAGAGAAACUGUCCGAGCGCGAGCCCCAGCCUCUGUCCGAGGACGUGGUGCUGCAGCCUCACCUGCAGGGGGCACUGGAGGCCCUGGAGCAGCGUCUGCUGACGCGCCUGGCGGAGGAGAAGGAGAGCGAGAAGAGCGACGCCUGGAGGACGGUGGGAGAGACGCUGCAGAGGGAGGGCGUGGGGGCCAUCACUGUUCAGGACGUGGAGCAGAUUGUGCACCGAGCCUUGAGUUUGUACAGAGCUGAUGGGAUCGGCAUGGCUGACUACGCGCUCGAGUCUUCAGGUGCGAGUGUGAUCAACACGCGCUGCUCUGAGACGUACAGGACCAGGUCGGCCUGUCUGAGCCUGUUUGGGUUCCCCCUGUGGUACCACUCCGAGAGCCCACGCACCGUCAUUCAGCCUGAACUGUACCCUGGGAAAUGCUGGGCGUUCCGUGGGGGCGAAGGCUUCCUGGUGAUCGCGCUGUCCUACCCCGUGCGCAUCACUCACGUGUCCCUGGAGCACCUCCCGAGGAUCCUCUCCCCCACCGGCCGCAUCGACAGCGCCCCCCGCAGCUUCGCCGUCUACGGGAUGUCCAAUGAGCACGAGGAGGGCACGGCUCUGGGGACCUUCACAUAUGAUCAGAAUGGGGAACCCAUCCAGACCUUCAGACUCACGGCCCCGGCGAAGGACGCGUUCCGGAUGGUGGAGCUGAGAAUCCUGAGUAACUGGGGCCACCCAGAGUACACGUGUGUGUACCGCUUCAGAGUGCACGGUGAGGCAGAGGUGGCCUGAAGACGGGAGCACAGCGCGGAGGGGUGGGGUGAGGGAGGAGUAGAUAGCGCUCCAUGGAGAUUUCUGUAACAUCUCUCUCUCUCUCUCUCUCUCUCUCUCUCUCUCUCUCUCUCUCUCUCUCUCUCUCUCUUUCACUGUCCACUCAUGAAGGUGAUACUGCUCAUUAGACCAGGAGUUAUCACACAAAACUGCCUCAUUCAUAGACACACAUAUACACACACAGACCACACACACACACACACACACACACACACACACACACAUAUAGUGUUGGAAAGUAACGGAUUGCUGAUUUAUAAAUGCAUGCCGUUACAUUACAGUUUAAUUUUUUGGAAAGAUUGCACCAUCAUACCCUUUUGUAAACAAGCUACUGCGUCAGGCAGGCCUCCAGCUGACGUGUUUCCUCACCAGUAUUGGCACAGCGGUAAGCAGGAAGGCGUGACAAGUGUCUCAGCACAUUUAACAAUGUGCUGCAUCUGUGGUCUUCUGCUCUAUUGCUGCUCUAAGCAAGCAUUAGAAAUGUUACAUAGUGAAAACAGAACACAAAAUAUCUGUGCAGCAAUGAAAAUAUCAUUUGAAUUCAGCAAAUUAUUUUUGAAAAUUAGCGAUGCAAUCUGAAAGUAAUUACAUUUUACUCUUAAAUCAAUCCAAAGUUACAUUAUUUACAAUUUUACAAUUAUGUACAAUAGAAAAUAUUUUUACCCAUGUAACUUGCAUAGUGAAAUCCACCCAUACUAUGUGUGUGUAUGUGUGCACUCAUAGGCAACGUAUACAUAAUAUAACAUUUCAGUCACAGAUUACAGUACAUUUGUUAAAUACUUUGCACUAUUUAAGCAAAUUUAUUGCUAUUGACAAAUGCAUAGGAAUGUUCCCCUUUGCUAUUUAUUGUUUGUAUUGAUGAAGAGAGGCUUCUGGUGUUAUGCUACUGCAUCUGUUUGACCUGUGGUUUUGUCUGAUGAUUUAUGGUAUUUUUACGUACGUAUUUUAAGCAACACAUGCCUAAGAGGAGACAAUGUUUGUCUGCGGGUUUUAAGCGCUCCUCUUGCUUUAAAUAGAUAUUCAUUAGUGAGACAUUUCUCCAGUGCAGAGAUGUGCACAGCAAAGUAUAUUGACAUGCAUGCUAGACAUGGUCCCACCUGCAGCUUGGUACAGUAGCUGACUCAGAGUGAAUGUAUCACCUGUUUGAAACAUUUUUAUUUUGUUUUGUCAAAUACAGUGUUAUUUAGCUUCUGCUCUUAGUAAACGUUUCUAGGAACUGAUUAGUAAACUGAUUUUAUUUUAAGAGAGUAUGGAGGUGUACCAUACUGACAUUUACCAUGGUACUUUGAAGAGUAACUUGCAGGUUAAAUUGUCACUGUCGGUUGACGUACUGAGGUGCUGGACAGUGGGUAUGCCCCAAACAUUCUAUUAAACAAUGAUUGGCUAACAAGAUCAAUGGACGUUCAGUAAUUGACGUACGUGUUGCAGCGACUACCAGCUGUCACCUGAUUUAACAAUAAUAGUUUUAAAACGACACUGUAUGAAGUUAUAACAAUCAAUCAACCAACCAUCGAACAAAUAACAUUCCAUACAUCAUACUUGGAGUCAUCUCUGGCUGGGGCUGUUCCAGUGGAGCCAAAUGUAUGGGUGAUCACCAUUUAUAGACCUUAACUGUACCUUCACCAAUUUAGAUUGUUUUGCUUCAUAUCUCUACACGUUAAUUAAAAGUGGUUCUUAGCCUGCAAGUUGCUCACUAAGCCAUUUGUUCAUGCAUUUCCAUUUUUUGCUUCCAAACUGAUACUUGAAACUGGGUCAUAUGGAUGGAAAUAUUUGACUAUAUAUUUUUGUAGGGCCAUAGCUAUUGGAACAGACUUGAAUCCAUCGGGGCUAUACAAUUGUUUUGUAAUAUGUAAAAAAAAAAAAAAAGAAGACAUUUAUUUUGAAAUGCUAGAAAACAUAAGUCACAUUAACGUUUUGUAUUGAGACUUUUUUUAAAGUGUAAAUAUUGGCCUCAUUCAUCAUAGGCUUCUUAUGUUUUAAACACAACUGAUAGUAUUAUUAAACAAACUCUCCAAAAGGCUAAAAUCCAUAACACAGAUUCAAAGAAUGUAGAAUUACACAAACAGGUCUGUACUCAGAACUUGAGUUCACAGCCUCACCGUUUUCAUGGUAACAUGAAUGUUAACAAUUCAAUGGUUGGUCAUGUUUAAAUCACGCCUCUAGCCAUGUCUUUCUUUACAAGACUGCAUCCCAACACUGAACUUCACACAUGUUAAAUUGCUGAGAGCAACAUGGCAUAUAGUUAUGCUAAACAGAUCAACAUAUAUUUUAUCUCUGCAUCCAUAGAUUAAAAGAUUUUGUGGUACUGAAUGUUUGUAUUAUGGGUCAGAUUUCUGAAACAAGCUGAAAGAUUAACCAAGUUUAUAUGUAAACUGGACUAGAAUAUUGAUAUAACAUUUGAGUGGAAAUUAAAAUGUUAAGGUUCCUUAAGUGAUGGAUAAACAUUGCCUUGUGUUUAAACUUUUGAUUAUUUAUGGCUGGUUGUUUUUCUCUGCAAGAGUAAAACUGAUCUUUGUAUUGUACUUGUUUUAUUUGAUCUUAUAUCACUGAAAAAACUAAAGUGUCUAAUUUAACAAAACAUAUAUUCAACACAUUAUGCACUCAAGUAUUUUCAGUUCUAAGGGUGUUAAUAAAUAUGGUAUAAAAAAUGUUUUACCUCAUUGUGAAAGUAAUCACCAAUAUGUUAAUCACAGUAAAUGACUCAACAUGUUAAGGUACAUUUCAGAUAUUCUCAGAAGUAUUUUUAUUUUAUUUUAUUUUAUUUUGUAUCCAUUGUUUUUGUCUCCUGUAACAUAAACUGAUGUAGGAUCUGUUGGAUAUAUUUCCCUUGCUGGUCUGGGGAUGAUAAGAUAUUUUAUGACAGGGUAUCAUGACCAAAGUGCUUCUUGCUCCUUUGACAUAGCUCAUAAAUAACAUGUUGUGUAUUGUCUUGAAUAUCAGUUUUGUUUUUCCAAAUGCAUUUAGGCUAACCAUAACAGAAAGUCUGUAAUCAAGCAUUGCUUUUGUAAUAUUUGUAUUCUUAAAUAAAGUUAUUACUUUAAUAAUUGGA